AUGGGGCAUAUAUUCCCCUUUUUUGCAUCACUGUCAGGCCAAUGUCCCAGGGAGAACCGCCUGGCCCAGGGAGAACCGCCUGGCCCAGGGAGAACCGCAUGGCCAAGAGAUAACCUCCUGGCCCAGGGAGAACCGCCUGGUUCAGGGAGAACCGCCUGGCCCAGGGAGAACCGCCUGGCCAAGAGAGAACCUCCUGGCCCAGGGAGAACUGCCUGGUCAAGAGAGAACCUCCUGGCCCAGGGAGAACCGCCUGGCCCAGGGAUAACCGCCUGGCCAAGAGAGAACCUCCUGGCCCAGGGAGAACCGCCUGGCCCAGGGAUAACCGCCUGGCCCAGGGAGAACUGCCUGGCCAAGAGAGAACCUCCUGGCCCAGGGAGAACCGCCUGGCCCAGGGAGAACCGCCUGGCCAAGAGAGAACCUCCUGGCCCAGGGAGAACCGCCUGGCCCAGGGAGAACCGCCUGGCCAAGAGAGACCCUCCUGGCCCAGGGAGAACCACCUGGCCCAGGGAGAACCGCCUGGCCAAGAGAGACCCUCCUGGCCCAGGGAGAACCGCCUAG